UGUAGCGUCUAGCGGCUACUGUACACAGAUUAGUCUCCGGCUAUCUCUUGAUUUGGACGCACGUUCGAAACUUGUCAGCAUCAGUUUCCAAAUUGCCGAACUUUAAUAAAAACACCAUGAAGCGACCGUCAUUCAUACUUCUAUUCGUUAUUCUAACUUUGAAUGAAGAAAUCGGCGCUUUAACUGUGCCGUGUUCUUCGGACGAUGCUUGUCUGCAGGUGAUCAAUGCAGCUAAUAAGCCGAAAUGUCACGCACCGCUCUGCUACUGCAUCAAGCCGGGAAAACAAAUUUACGAGCCCUGCACAGAGAAAGAACUCAGCGUCAAGCCGAGAUCUCGAGAUGAAGCGACUACUGUGGGCAAAGUGGACGGCUGCUCGAAAACGGAAGACUGUCAAAAAGUAAAGAUGAGCGUCUGCAAGUCCGGCGCGUGCGAGUGCCCGGAGACGCACAUCCUGAACGGCAAUCGAGACAGCUGCCUGCCGAAAGCUCAGAAUCUCGACGACGAGUGCACCGAGAGCGUCCAAUGCGCCGCCGACAGCCUCGGCGAGGCCCUCUGCGUCGAGCGUCGCUGUCGCUGCGAGCUCGGGCAUCAUUACAGUGCCUCGAGCAAACGAUGCAUUCGUAAUACAGAGUAUGGUCACCCGUGCGACAGAGCUAACGAUAGCUGCUACCAUUCCGAUGGCAAGGGUGGAGAUAAUACAUUGGAAUGUCAAGGUAAUACGUGCGCGUGUAAGCCAGAACACUUUCUCAACAAUGAAUUGGUCUGCGUAUAUUCAGGUGCUGCCAUGAAUAUAGUGCAACUGUUUUUACUUUUUAUAAUGUUACUUUUGUUAAAAAUGAAUUGAAAAAUUCAGGUUGCUAUCUUUUCUAUAUUGUUAUUGAAAUUGUUUAUAUUCUGUUAUUGAAUAUUAAGUUAAUGAAAUUGUUACUGUUCCUCCUAAUUUCCUAAUUAUCCUAAUUUUUAAAUAUUGUUACUGUUCCUUGUUACUGUUCCUCCUAAUUUCCUAAUUAUCCUAAUUUUUAAAUAUUGUUAUUUUUAAUACAAAUUGUAU